AUGACCCGACGCAAUGAAGAAAAAGAGGAAAAUGAAGAAUCAAAUCAUCAAGAGAAGCAGCAUGCAUGUGAUCAAUGCGGUAAAAUGUUUUUAGGGGCUUCACUUCUGAAGAAACACUUGAAAGUUCAUGCAAAGAAGAAGCCACAUUCAUGUCAUUUGUGUGGUAAGAGUUUUUUGCAUCUACAAAGUUUGAAACAACAUCAGAAAAUACAUACUGGUGUGAGAGAGUACAUGUGCUUUGAGUGUGAAAAGACUUUUAGUUCAGUGAGCAGUUUAAAACGGCAUGAGAGGAUUCACACUGGAGAGAAACCUUACAAGUGUUCACACUGUGACAAGAGAUUCAGUCAAUCAUCAAAUCUGAAAAAACAUGAGAGGAUCCACACUGGAGAGAAACCUUACAAGUGUUCACACUGUGACAAGAGAUUCAGUGUGUCAUCAAGUCUGAAAACACAUAAGAAAAUUCACACUGGAGAGAAACCUUACAAGUGUUCACACUGUGAUAAGCGAUUCAUUCAGUCAACAGAGCUGAAAACACAUGAGAGGACCCACACUGGAGAGAAACCUUACAAGUGUUCACACUGUGACUGGAGAUUCAUUCGUAGAGCAAAUCUGAAAAGACAUGAGAGGAUUCACACUGGAGAGAAACCUUACAAGUGUUCACACUGUGACAAGGGACUCAGUGGUGCAUCGAGUCUGAAAAGACAUGAGAGGAUUCACACUGGAGAGAAACCUUACAAGUGUUCACACUGUGACUGGAGAUUCAUUCAGUCAAUAGAGCUGAAAAGACAUGAGAGGAUUCACACUGGAGAGAAAGCACAUCAACGCAAUGUACGAGGGAAGUGUUCCAUUGAGUCAUCUGUUAUACACAGUCAUACAAAAAACAAUUACAGUAAGGCCCCGUACACGCGGAGACGCAUUUAGCUGUAUAUGUAAAUAUUUUGUAUGGUAAACGUGUUUCUUCCAGACGGAUCCAGCAUUUUGGGAGAGUGAAUUCAUUUUUUUUAAAC